UUCACUCUUCCUUUGUUUUUUAAAUUUCGCUGCCAUGCGUCUUCCUUUCAGCUUUUAUCUGAAUCUCGUGCAAGUGCAACUCCACCAAAACUCACCGUUUCUGCCUUCUCACUCCAGCACGUGAUUUCCGUUUCUCCGUUCUUCCCAUUUUUCUCGGCCUCUCCUCUCCUCACCUCGCCUCGCCUCGCCUAUCCUCUUUAUAUUCGCUUUCAACGACACUCUGCUCCUGUCGCUUUUUCACCACAACACACACACAAGACAGAAAGAUGGGAGUUCAACGCGCAGGUGUUGAUAAGAAAAUAACCAUUGGUGUGUGUGUUAUGGAAAAGAAGGUGUUUUCAGCUCCGAUGGGACAGAUUUUCGAACGAUUACAAGCAUUUGGUGAAUUUGAGAUCAUACAUUUUGGGGAUAAGGUUAUCCUUGAAGAUCCGAUCGAGAGCUGGCCUAUCUGUGAUUGCUUGAUUGCUUUCUAUUCAUCUGGUUAUCCCCUUGAAAAGGCCGAGGCAUAUGCUGCAUUAAGAAAGCCUUUUUUGGUAAAUGAAUUGGAGCCUCAGCAUCUUCUCCAUGACCGAAGGAAGGUAUACGAGCGGCUUGAAAUGUUUGGAAUCCCAGUUCCAAGAUACGCCCUUGUAAAUAGGGAAGUACCAUAUCAGGAGCUGGAUUUUUUUGUUGAGGAAGAAGAUUUUGUUGAGGUUCAUGGGAAUCGCUUCUGGAAGCCGUUUGUAGAGAAGCCUAUUCAUGGGGAUGAUCAUAGUAUUAUGAUAUACUAUCCAAGCUCAGCUGGUGGAGGUAUGAAGGAAUUAUUUAGGAAGGUUGGAAACCGGUCUAGUGAGUUCCAUCCAGAGGUCAGAAGGGUGAGGCGUGAAGGCUCAUAUAUAUAUGAGGAAUUUAUGCCAACAGGAGGAACAGAUGUCAAGGUGUACACAGUUGGCCCUGAAUAUGCUCAUGCUGAGGCAAGGAAGUCUCCUGUUGUUGAUGGCGUUGUUAUGAGAAAUCCUGAUGGCAAGGAAGUGAGGUAUCCUGUAUUACUGACACCUAAUGAGAAGCAGAUGGCUAGAGAGGUUUGCAUGGCAUUUAGGCAAGUGGUUUGUGGGUUUGAUCUCUUGCGUUGUGAGGGGCGCUCUUAUGUUUGUGAUGUAAAUGGGUGGAGCUUUGUUAAGAACUCUUACAAGUAUUAUGAUGAUGCUGCUUGUGUGCUAAGGAAGAUGUUUAUAGAUGCGAAAGCUCCUCAUCUCUCUGCAGCAAUUCCACCUAUCUUACCAUGGAAAGUCAAUGAACCAGUCCAGCCUUCUGAGGGACUAACUCGUCAGGGAAGUGGACUCGGCACAUUUGGGCAGUCUGAGGAACUACGUUGUGUGAUUGUUGUUAUGCGCCAUGGUGAUAGAACACCCAAGCAGAAGGUGAAGUUGAAAGUUACAGAGGAAAGACUGCUGAACUUGAUGUUAAAGUACAAUGGAGGGCGUCCUAGAUCCGAGACAAAACUUAAAAGUGCUGUCCAGUUACAAGAUCUGUUAGAUGCCACAAGAAUGCUUGUACCUCGUUCAAGACCAGGUCGUGAAAGUGACAGUGAGGCAGAAGACAUAGAGCAUGCUGAAAAGCUUCGUCAAGUUAAAGCAGUGCUUGAAGAGGGUGGGCAUUUUUCUGGCAUUUAUAGGAAAGUUCAACUAAAGCCGCUAAAAUGGGUCAAAGUUGCUAAAAUUAAUGGUGAAGGUGAGGAAGAGCGGCCAGUGGAAGCUCUGAUGGUUCUUAAAUAUGGAGGUGUACUUACACAUGCUGGCAGAAAGCAGGCAGAAGAGCUGGGUAGAUUUUUCCGAAAUAAUAUGUAUCCAGGUGAAGGUACUGGUCUCCUGCGCCUCCAUAGCACAUAUAGACAUGAUCUUAAAAUUUACAGCUCUGAUGAGGGUCGUGUACAGAUGUCGGCAGCUGCAUUCGCCAAAGGCCUCCUUGACCUUGAAGGACAGUUGACGCCAAUCCUGGUUUCCCUCGUUAGCAAGGACUCCUCUAUGUUGGAUGGACUUGAUAACGCUAGCAGUGAGAUGGAAGAAGCCAAGGCUAGGUUGAAUGAUAUUAUUAUUAAUGGGUCAAAUAAAAGUCAUAGGAAUGGAUCAUCUGAAUUCCCGUGGAUGGCCGAUGGAGUUGGACUUCCCCAUAAUGCUUCUGAACUGUUACCCAAACUGGUAAAAUUGACUAAGAAGGUCACGGAACAAGUAAGAUUGCUUGCCAAGGAUGAAGAUGAGAAUCUUGCUGAGACAAGUGCAUAUGAUGUCAUUCCUCCUUAUGACCAAGCCAGGGCCCUUGGUAAGACAAAUAUUGAUGUUGAUCGUAUUGCUGCCGGAUUACCUUGUGGUAGUGAGGGAUUCCUUUUGAUGUAUGCUCGGUGGAGAAAACUUGAAAGGGACUUGUAUAAUGAACGGAAAGUCCGGUUUGACAUAACACAAAUUCCAGAUGUUUACGACUCUUGCAAAUAUGAUCUGUUGCAUAAUGCUCACCUUAACCUAGAAGGAUUGGAUGAACUCUUCAAAGUUGCUCAGUUACUUGCUGAUGGGGUCAUCCCAAAUGAGUAUGGAAUUAAUCCAAAGCAGAAACUGAAGAUUGGUUCAAAGAUUGCUCGUCGUUUGUUGGGGAAAAUUUUGAUUGAUCUGAGGAAUACUCGUGAAGAAGCAAUUGGUGUUGCUGAAUUGAAGAGUAAUCAAGAGCAAGGUGUGACGAUUUCUAAGACUGAAAAGGAAGAUACAGAUUAUCUUUCAAAGCAUUUUACCAAAAAUGAUGACACGAGAAGAACUAGUACCACUAGUGAAAAGUCAAUGGAUCAAGAUGACGAUGAUGAUAAGGAGAUCAAAUACCGUUUGGAUCCAAAGUAUGCUAAUGUCAGAACACCUGAACGCCAUGUUCGGACACGUCUUUACUUUACAUCAGAAUCACAUAUCCAUUCUCUCAUGAAUGUUCUUCGCUACUGUAAUCUGGAUGAAUCUCUUCAGGGAGAGGAAAGUCUUGUAUGUCAUAGUGCUUUGGAGCGUUUGUGUAAAACUAAGGAGCUUGACUACAUGAGCUAUAUUGUGCUGAGGAUGUUUGAAAAUACAGCGGUACCAUUAGAAGACCCUAAAAGGUUCCGCAUCGAGUUGACCUUCAGCCGUGGGGCUGAUUUAUCCCCUUUGGAGGUUGCUGCUACUGGAUUCUUUUAUGGACACUGCAGUGUGCUUUUAGCAUUUGUUUUUGGUUGA